GUUGCCCUGCCUAUAUAGCCCGGCAUUUUGCGACGGGGAAAUCUUCUGAAGUGACCCAAUCUCUUCGGGAAGCUUUUCACCGACGGGAAGCUUGGUCUCCAGGCGUCCAAAAGCGAGCGCAUGGUGUCUUUUCAGACCUCUUCGCUGAUGAAGUCGACGUGGAUCCCUUGGAUCGUACGACAUUAGGAGGUACCUGGGUACCUAGCCCUAAAAAUCAAGGACCCUCAAAGGUGACGGUUUUGAGGGUCCAAAUCCCAGCUAGGCAGGAUCCAAACCCUCCAUAGGAGGGUCCUAUGAUGAUUAGGGAAUGUAGAAUGUGGAUGACGUGGGUGGGAAGAAGCUGACGAAGGGUCUUCGAGCUUGCGAGUUCCUCGACGCCUGUUUUUCAAGAAUCCCUGAGACGGUGAGACCUCGGAUCCUGCUUGGGGUUUCAAUGCGUUUGAGCUGUUUCAUGAUGUUUCGUGGUCAACUUCAAAGUGAGAAGCUGUUUCCACCCCACAUGCUGCCACCUGAAAUGGACUUUCCGAAGUUCAACCGCAGCUGAGAUGGAUAUCAUGAUGAAUAGGGGUUAUAUAAGAGAACGAGUCAGCUUUCUUCAUUCUCAAGCAUCAGCCCUACUGGAAAAAAAACAUGAUGCUUUGAGGAAUGGUGCCGCUCUUUCCGAGCAUGAGAAUCGAUGGGAAAUGGUCUUGAGGGGCUACUCAUCGCUGAGUCGCCGCGACGGUAGCGACACGACGGUACCGACAGAUCACAGCAUUUUCAGAAGCCGGUCACAUCGCUCAUCAUCCGUUCAGCGACCUGAAGCAGGCUUUGAGGAACAUCACGGUGAGGAGAUGUUUUGAGAACGGCCCUUUGUUCCUGUUGGGCUCCAAGAUGAAGAAGCUGCACGUGUAUUCCGCGGGCUAUACGACACGUGACAGCGAGAACCAAAAGAAGGCCAAUGCACGACAUGUGCUCAUUCCGAACUUCCUGGCAGUGGCGAAGGCCAUGAAAACGACUCUCCCUGAGGGUCUGGUAUCGCCCUGCGGCCUCUUCGCGGUCUUUGAGGGCGAGCCGUUAGCCGCCGAGCAUUGUGCCAAGAACAUGCACAUCCAGUUGCUGCGACACCUCUCCAAAGUUGAGGGGAAGGUCAAUGAGACCCAGCUAAAGCGCAGCCUUCGGGGUGCCUUGGUGUCCCUGGAUGUGGAAGUACAGGAGAAACUACCGGGGCAGCGUGGCUGUUCCGCGGCGGCGGCCUUGCUUUGCGGGGAGCGGCUGCUGGUGGGGGUGGUUGGCACCGCGUCGGCUGCCAGCUGCCAAGGCCCUGCAACGCUGGCGGACGCAGUGCGGCGACCGCCGGUGCAGCUGGUCGCACGUGUGAAGCGGAACCUCGGUGACGCAGGCGCCGCUGCACCCAAGCUGGGAGCCACAGGCGGUCAGUUCUUGCAUGCGCAACUCAGUGGACAAGUGAAGGGCCGAGACACCGCGGCGCAGCUCGGCAGCGAGGACGUGAAGGUUCUUCAACUCUCUGAACAGCAUCAUGACUGUCUAAUCCUUGGCAGCGCCAGCUUAUUGCGAGGUACCACCUUGACCGAGCUGCAAGCCGCCGUCGGUAGCUGCGAUGCUGGAGAUGCCCUGGCAGUGAGCAGCGCCGUAGGGGCCAAGGCGAAAAGCCGACAAGUGCAGAAGACCUCUGACAAGGCUUGCUGGGUCCAGUCAGAGCGUGAAGAGAAUGAAAUCACCUGCUGUGCCGUGCUGUUGCACCGUGGAGAGGCGCUCAAAGAGAAAGCGUCCGCGCAACAGGUGGCCAAGAAACAGCGGGUGGCGGCGGAUGUGAAGCCAACCGCCUCCCUGGCGGAGGCCGCCGAGAAGGCGGCGGAGAAGCGCUGGGAGACGCGCGACCGGGGCGAGACCACGGCCAUCGGGCCCUCCGAGCACACCGGGCAAGCGCCCGAACUCAUCAAGGAGGAGGGCAAGAUAUUCGACAUUUUGGAGCUUGAUGGGACCGCCCAGUGGCGCAUGAAGAACUACGGCACCGCCCACUUCCGAGGCGGUGAGAACUUCCGGAGCAAAGAGGAGCGCAGCAAAGGCAAAGGCAAGAAGGGCAAGGGCAAAGGCAAAGGCAAGGGUCGCAAAGGCAAGCGGAAGAAGGGAGAAGAGGAUGAGGAAGACGAGGGCGAUGAGGGUGAAUAUGAAGAAGAGGACGAUGGUGACAUCACAGGAGACGAGAAAGGCCCCGAGACAUGCCAGAUUUGGGGCCACACGUGGAUGCCAUUCACCCCCACGGACUGUCACACGUGGACUGUCUCUCACCCCACAAAACCAUUGCAGCCAGAACCUCAAAUUUUUUGGGGCGUCCCAAUAUACCUGUGGCUCAGACCCCCCCUUUGAAUCCCUUUGAAGCAAAAGCACUGGUUUAGGGCCUGUAAAUAGGUAUCCAGACCCCGGCUGGAC